AUGAAUUCAAAAAAGCAUACAAAGCCGUUUGGAUUUGGAUUCUCGCAUUCUGGUUCUGCAAAUAGGUCUAAAUCAAUUCUUGAUUCUGAUGAGCAACAACGACAAAAACCUCCUUCACUCGAUUACUUUUCUGAUGAAGAAACCCAGCCCAAAAAGAGAAAGCUGAUUAAGCUUGAUGAUAAUUUAGAAAAAAAGUCUGUUUCAAGUAACAAAUCAGAUACUUUUAAUCUGAACGAGGAUUAUGUUGGUAACCUGGAGGACGAUAGACCACCACCUCCUCGAACCUCAACAGGAAUUCAAGGUUUCGUGCCCCAGGGGUAUAGUACUGAUAAAGAAAUUCAAAGAAAUCGAACCAUUCAACCUGAGAUCAAAUCGAAGGUGAUGGAGGAGGAUGAUGAUGAUCCAUUGGACGCUUUCAUGUUGGACAUCGAUAAUCAAGUUCAAAAAGAAAGUCUCAAUAAACCUCAACAAGAAAAAAUUAGACGUGACGAUAUUGAAGAUGAAGAUUUUGUAGAAAGUUAUGUUAAUCAUAUGAAAAAGAAAGGUAUUGAAGUUGGAAAAAGUCAACGUCCAAUCGAGAAAGAUGAGAAUGUUAAUUCAGACGAAGAGGUUUAUGCUACCGCUCGAGCUAUUGACGCACAACUUGAAUAUGAUUCUGAUGACAAUCCAGUCAUAGAACAAAAGCGGAAAGACAUAGAACCUCUCCAAGCUGUUGAUCAUUCUCAGAUUGAUUAUCCCGAAAUUGAAAAAUUCUUCUAUGAAGAACAUACUGAUAUCGCAAAUUUGUCUAAAGAACGUGUUGAUCAAAUUCGAAAAGAACUUGAUAUGCACGUAUCAGGUGCUGAUGUUACAAAGCCUUGUAUUUCAUUCGCUCAUUUUGGAUUUGAUGAGGCCUUAUUAGAUGUUAUCAUUAAGCACGGAUAUUCAGAACCUACUGGAAUUCAAAAACAAGCGGUUCCUAUCGCACUAUCAGGUCGAGAUAUUAUAGGCAUCGCGAAAACAGGCUCCGGUAAAACUGCGGCUUUUAUAUGGCCAAUGUUAAUACACAUAAUGGAUCAAGAAGAAUUAUCUAAAGGUGAAGGUCCCAUCGGGUUGAUAUUAGCACCCACCAGAGAACUUGCUAGUCAGAUAUUUACUGAAGCUAAAAAGUUUGCAAAGGCUUAUGGUCUGAGAGUUGCAGCAGUUUAUGGAGGUGCUUCGAAAAUGGACCAAUUCAAAGAACUGAGACCAGGCGGAGUUGAAAUUUUAGUUGGUACUCCUGGGCGACUUAUCGAUAUGGUAAAAAUGAAAGCGACAAAUUUUCGACGCGUUAGUUUUUUGGUUCUUGAUGAAGCUGACCGUAUGUUCGAUUUAGGAUUUGAGCCUCAGGUACGGUCAAUAUGUGAUAAUAUCAGACCAGACAGGCAAACAUUGCUAUUUAGUGCAACAUUUCCUAAAAAAGUAGAGGCUCUUGCUCGAGAAGUGACAACAGAACCUGUGAGAAUUUCGAUUGGAUACGUUGGGCAAGCAAAUACCGAUAUAACGCAAGUAAUUGAAAUUUUAACUGAGGACGGAUAUAAAUGGGAUUGGUUAAUCUCACGUUUGGCUUCAUUUUGCGUUGAGGGAAGUGUACUUAUUUUCGUUAGUAGAAAAGGUGGUGUUGACGAAUUAUCUUUAAAUUUGCAACAAUCAGGUUUUGAUUGUGGUGCGUUGCAUGGCGAUAUGAUGCAAGCUGAACGUGAUAAAGUAUUGAGGGAUUUCAAGAAUAAUAAAUUUCCCAUUAUGGUUGCUACGGACGUAGCUGCUAGAGGUCUUGAUAUAAAGGCUGUCAAGACUGUAGUAAAUUAUGAUAUUGCGAGGGAUAUUGAUUCUCACGUGCAUCGUAUUGGUAGAACUGGUAGAGCUGGUGAAAAGGGUACAGCUUAUACGCUCAUUACUCAAAAAGAAGAUAAAUUUGCAGGUGAUUUAGUAAGAAAUUUGGAAUCUUCUGGGCAAGUUGUUCCAAGUUCCUUAAUGGAUUUGGCAAUGCAGAAUGCAAGGUUCAGAAAGUCAAGGCAAAUGAUUCGAGGAGGACGUGGCAGGAGUGGAAGAAGUGGCCGUGGCAGAGGUCGAGGUCGUGGAGGUCGGGGAUCGGGAUCUAGUUCGAAUGCCAUUCCAUUAGGAAGUGGAAGAGCUGGAGGAGGUGCACAAAUACCUCCACCACCACAACUUAGUGCCAGUAGUAAAUCUGAUCGUAGUAAUAAUAUGGGUGGUUUCCAAUCGAAAUUUCAAAUGAAUUUUCAAAAAGCUUCAUCAGCCGAAUCCGAAUUGGGAUUACUGCGUUCUAGCAAUACAGGUUCCUCAUCGACUUCAAAAUCUUCUAGUAGAGAUCAACAACGUAAAAGACGUUGGGAUUCAUAA